GCUGCUGCUCUUGCUGGCAGCCUUGUAGCGCGCGGUGGCGGCGGCUGCUUCUCCUCGUCCGCCGCUGCGUGCCUUCCUCGCCUCGCGCCCCCCCGGCUGGCCGGAGCCCUUCCCCCGCAGGCGAGCAGGGAGGAGGAGGAGCGGAAGCCAGAGCCCCCCCCCGCGCCCCCCAGCCCGUCUCCGGCGAGGAAGAGGAGGAGGAGGAGGAGGAGGAGGAGGAAGCAGCAGCAACAGCAGCGGCCGCUUCAGCGCUGGGUCCCGGGCGGCUGCCUGCCGCUGCCUCUGGGGAAGGGCCCCGCUCCCCCCCGCCCGCCCGCCCCCAUCUCGCUGCCCGGCCGCGGUGGGGGGCGCUGCUGGCUCGCCCGCGUCCCGCUCGGCUGGUCCCCCCAGGAGGGGCGCCCCACGCUCGACCCGGGAGCCCGCCGGCCGCUGCUGCCUCGCGGCCAGGCGAAGAGGAAGGCGAGCGCGCAGGCGAGUUUGACUGACGGGUGUUGCCUGCAAACCGCCUUGCAAAGAGAGCCGGAGAUGCAGUGACCAGACAGCCAGGUGUUUCUUUUUUCAUUUCACUGCAACCACCCGACGCAUCUGGAGUUACGCAGAUGAGUGGAAUACCAUGAACUGAAGAAGACAACCCCCAUUUCUGGGUCUUUUGGGGGGAGCAAUUUUCUAUUUUUUGUGGCGGGGGGAUUGUUUCUAAAAAGAAGUCUUUUGAUGACCACGCUUUGAGAAACCAGGUGCUUUCCCCCACCAAGUUUGGAAAAUUUUAAAAAUUCAGCCACCCCAGACGGUGAGGAUCUCCGGAGAAGAUGGGGAGGAAGAAGAUCCAGAUCCAGAGAAUCACCGACGAGAGGAAUCGGCAGGUGACAUUCACCAAGAGGAAGUUUGGGCUGAUGAAGAAGGCCUACGAGCUGAGCGUCCUCUGCGACUGUGAGAUCGCCCUGAUCAUUUUCAACCACUCGAACAAGCUGUUCCAGUAUGCCAGCACCGACAUGGACAAAGUCCUCCUCAAAUACACCGAGUACAACGAACCCCAUGAAAGCCGGACCAACGCGGACAUCAUCGAGACCUUGAGAAAGAAAGGGUUUAACGGCUGCGACAGCCCCGAGCCGGACGGCGACGACUCCAUCGACCAGAGUCCGCUGAUGGAAGACAAAUACCGCAAAGCCAGCGAGGACCUGGACAUCCUCUUCAAGCGCUACGGCGCGCUGAACAAGAAGCAUAGAGAGUGUGAGAGCCCGGAUGGGGACGACGUGUUUACGUUGACGCCUCAGACGGAGGAGAAGUAUAAAAAGAUUGAUGAGGAGUUUGAUAAAAUGAUGCAGACGUACAGGCUGAGCUCCGCAGUGCCGGCGCCCAACUUUGCCAUGCCCGUGACGGUUCCCGUGACCAACCAGAGCAGCCUGCAGUUCAGCAGCCCGGGGGGCUCUCUGGUGACCCAGUCCCUGGUGACCACCUCGCUGACGGACCCCCGCCUCCUCUCGCCGCCUCAGCCCGCCCUGCAGAGGAACACCGUCUCCCCGGGACUCCCGCAGCGCCCGGCCAGCGCAGGGGCGAUGCUUGGAGGGGACCUCAACAACACAAACGGAGCCUGCCCAAGUCCCGUCGGGAACGGCUACGUCAGCGCCAGGGCCUCUCCGGGCCUCCUCCCGGUCUCCAACGGCAACAGCUUGGGCAAGGUCAUCCCGGCGAAAUCGCCGCCGCCCCCCCACAGCGCUCAGCUGGCCGCCAACAGCCGCAAGCCGGACCUGCGCGUCAUUACCUCACCCAGCGGCAAGGGGCUGAUGCAUCACUUGAACACACAGAGGCUUGUGGUCUCUCAAGCGACUCACGCGCUGACCACGCCGGUGGUUUCGGUGGCCACCCCGAGCCUCCUCACGCAGGGCCUGCCCUUCUCCGCGAUGCCCACGGCCUACAGCACAGACUAUCAGCUGACCAGCACCGAGCUCUCCUCCCUCCCGGCGUUCAGCUCGCCCACGGGGCUCUCUCUGGGCAACCUCUCUGCUUGGCAGCAGCAGCCCCUGCAGCAGCAACAACAACAGCAACAACAGCAGCAGCAGCAGCAGCAACAGCAGCAGCAGCAGCAGCACCUGGUCCCCGUAUCGCUCAGUAAUUUAAUACAAGGCGGCCACCUGUCUCACGCCACCACCUUGACGGUCAACACCAACCCCAGCGUCAGCAUCAAGUCGGAGCCCGUCUCGCCCAACCGGGAGCGCAACACGGCCACGCCGCUCUCCUCCUUCCCUCACCCGGCCCGGCAUGAGCCCACGGGACGCUCGCCCGUCGACAGCCUCAGCAGCAACGCCAGCUCCUACGAGGGCAACGAGCGAGACGACCAGCCCCGGGGGGGCGACUUCGGAUCCGCCCUCGGCCUGCUGAGGCCCACUGCCGAGACUGACGGGGAGAACCCGUCCGUCAAACGCAUGCGCUUGGACGCCUGGGUGACAUAGCCGCCCCCCCACCCCCCGGGGGCCCUGCUCCCUACUCCAGAGUCGCUUCCGGCUCUCACACGACGUGUGUGUGUGUGUGUCUGGGGGGGAGGCGGGGGU